AAAGAACUCAUUGGUACAUGUCAGCUGUUGUUAUUAUCAUUUCAGUCAUCUUUACUGUCUCAUAGAUCUUAUCCUGUAAUUUAAUAUAGGAAAUUUAAAGAUCUCUACAUUAACUAGUUAAAAAGCUCAAGAUGUAGAAAUUAAAUAAAUACCAUAUUUCUGCAUUUAUAACGGAAUCUUAAAUACAUGGUAUUUGUAAUAAACAAAGUAGCAAGUCGUCUGGAAAUACUUAGUUAUACAAGUAGUGCAGUACCUAUAGAGCCUCAGUCGUAGAGCCUUGCUUGUUUUCCAAUGAAAGCCCUGGGCGGUUGCCUAGCAACGUCGUCCAUUACCUACACACAGCGGUCAGAGUCCCAGCCAGAAUGUUGAACUAUAUAAAAAGAAAUAUCCAUCUUGUAAAAUUAAUGUUUCCACCGUAAAUGUUAAUGUGUUCAGUGGCAUGAGUGACAACGACACGUAGAGAAGCUGGAUUGUGCGGGGGUGGAUGCCGUUUGAGAUCGCAAGCUCAGGCAUGCAUGGUCUCCCACUAUGCCUCCUGGCGCUGGCUGCGUCAGCCUCCGCCCAACUGACCCUCACCGGGGUCAAGUGUGGUCAGCUCAAGUGUGCCGCAGAUGACUACUGCUCCCCGGACACUGAUAGAUGUGCACCCUGCAGUGACAUCUGUACGAAGACUGGGCAUAACUUUGACGAAGGUCUUUGCGUUAAGGAGUGUCAAGGUUACAUCCACAACAUGCAAUAUCCAGACGUCAGAAUGCUGGUGGCGGGCGUGGAGUCGACGCGGCAACAAGCCCACGCCGCCCUCAUCAUCAGCUGUGUGACCCUGGUGGCCGUGGUGCUGAUUAUGGCCUUCCUCUGCACGAGGCUGCUGAAGGAAAAGUUCUCCUUGAAGUAUAUUAGGCAGAAGAUGGCUUUUAAGAACCGCGUGAAGCAGCACCCAGCCGACCUGGUGCACCACAACCCUCACGCCGAGUUGCCGAAGCCGAAGGCAGAGCUCAAGCUGGACAUCAGGAACCCUGAACCUCCUAAGAGAAACAUUCAGCCUCUAAACGUAAGAGACCUGGACAAUCGGACUUCUCAGACCGAGAAGAGUCAAGGGGCUACCACCCCAAAGACCAUGAUGACGAAUUUAAGCAACCGGCAUCCGGCUGAAGAUACGACUUUGGAUUAUUCCUACGAUAACCGUGCCCUGAAUGUGACCCCUCCAGCUCAAGCCAGCGCGAGUCACAACUUCUGAGGAAGGGUCACGUUCCAUGAAGACGUUGUAUAUAUUGUUCACAGAGGGAUACCUAUGUGCAAUGAUUAAGUGUUUUGGAUUGACUUCAUUUUAGAAAUAGAAGUGUUUUGUGGGAGGGUUUUAAUGGUUAUAUUGUUACAAGUGUUUAGCCUAGCUCUAGGUCAGAAUUUAUACUUUUAAUUUCAUUUAUUAAGUUGAAGAACGGGAAUUAUUUUGUAUAACUUUAGUCAUCACAAUUAUUACUAUCACAAUGAUCACGAUUAUUUAUAAUUACUAUUGCUAACGUCAGGGAAGCAUCAAUAUGGUAAACUGAUUCAUUCCUCAUGCCAUAUUGUUACUUUAUCAAUCUACAACGAGGACGAGGAACACCCAUGGUUUUGACUCGGCAACAAUUUUAAUUUCGAUCAUCACUCAUGUAAGUAGUAUGAAAAAAGUAUUUAGGUACUUAAAUAAAUGUUAUUAAACAAAUAGUACUAAGCUGCAAUCACCACAAUCACAAUAUUUUAUUUAAAAAACAUAGCAAUUGAGUCAUUUAAUAAGACGUCUUCAUACAUCUUAAACUUAUCGAUAAUAAUAAUCUUUUAAAAGCCCUUGGCUCCGUUCUAAAAUAAAUAAUAACUUAUUUUCUCAUCAUUAUAACAAGCCCUAGUCCUAACUAAGUAACGUAAUAUUCUGAAUACCUACUUAAUACUAACAAUUUUGAAUUCAUUUUAGUCAUAGGUAAGUACAUACAAUACAACAUGUCUAGCGUGUCAAAUUACAACUAGUUAUUCUGAUACUUAAUACAAUAUACAUAGAUUUAGUUCUGUAUUACUUUAGUAUUACUGUAUAUUUAAGGUAGUAUCGAUAAUAAAAUUGUCCCGGGUGUAGCUAUUUAUGUACGUUAGGUUUACCAUAGGUACAUUUUAUUUGUUUAUAUGUGUAACCUGUAAGAAUGUAUAACCUAGGUUCGUAUACUAUUUAUAAUGUAAUGUAUUUGUAUAUCUAUGUAAUGUAGCUCACAUUUAGUUAUACAUAUACAGCAUGUUUAGAUUCCAUACGAGUUCAACUCGGGUUACAAUAAAUUGACAGCAUAGCUGAGGUUAGUUAUCUUAGAUAUAAUGUGUACCUACUGUAUUUGGGAUUUUGUAACUGAAUUAAUUAUUAUUAGUUCCAUAGGGUGACUACUCGACAGCCUUUCGGAAACAAAUAGGUACCCAUACGGAUUCAUUAUCAGAUUGGUUAUUAAAUUCCGUUUCUGAGAAUUUAAUUACACGUAAUUUCAAGGAUUUCAUAAGUUGUGGAUGUGGAAAGCGACACGACCACAUUUAUGAGCACAGUGAAAGUUUUUAAUUUUGAAUUUUGAAAAACUUACUUACAUUUUAAUUAUUUAAUUAAAAUACAUAUCUUGUUUACCUAUUUACACACAUUUUCAUACUUGGAGUAAAAACAUAGGACAAACCUCUACAUAAAAAUAUAAUUUGACUAAUUCGUUUUUAAAAUUGUAAGUACCUAUUAUAACAGUAUUUACAGUGCCCAAAUAACAAAAGAAGCAUUUCACUUUUUUGAAUCGAAUAAACUAAAUACAGGGUGCGCUAUUUAUUUUCCACAACUACUUUCGCUAGAAAGGUACGAUGUUAUUCCCCAAAUUGUAUGUUUUAAGGCGCGAGAAACAUUCGUAAUCGCGGCACACGUCUGACGAUUAAUGAUGGCGGAACGUAAAAAAAGAAAAACGUCAAGCGCAAAGAUUAAUGGCUCCGCAUUUCUCAGUACCAAAACUAAACUGAAUGCUGAAAUGAGAAAACCGUUCUGUAUACGGGUUUGGUAAUUUUUAUACGUACCUAUAGUCAUAUUUAACAGCGUAAUAGGUACAUAAUGUAUUUAUAUGUACCUAGGUAAGUACACUAUUUGAUUAGGUACUAGCUGUCGAACAAAACCUAAUGUAAACAAAACAAAAUCGAGAGUGGUUAAAGUUCGAAAAAAAAAAUCAAAAUAUUUUUAGAUUUUUUUUCUUCAUAUUCUUUCUUGGUCUCCUAUCUAAGCUGACCUAACCUAACUUGAUAAUUCCACCAUGUAUUUAAAAUAUCAAUUUUAUUUAUAUUAUUAGGUACCCAUUGCAACUACAGUCAGUCAAUGAUACAAUGAUAGCCAUCAAACUUACAAUUUGGUUAAUAAUUUAAUGUAUUAACCAAACCAUUUUACUACUUAAAAUUAUUUAUAUACUUAGGUACCUAUGAGUAUCAAUUUAUGAGAUAGGGACAGUAGUUUAUUAGUUAUUCGUUUAUUGCUUUAGUUUUAAUAGUAUUUUAGCUAACUAAGUAUUUUAUUAUAGUUCCGUCCAAACGGUCCAUUCCAUACGUUACAUUCCAUUAGAUUGUAAGAACUUUUAAUAUAAGUAGGUAUGUCAUGUAUGUAUAUUAU